CUUAAACGUCUCAAAGAGAAGUGAAAUAACGUUAUGGAAUUUGAUAUGCUGGGUAAUCCAUCGCAACAACUUCCAAACGGCACGAUGACGGGUCCAGCUGAAUGCACGCAAGGCCCCAAAUGGGCCCCUCAUGGAGGAGGUGCCAUCGGGCAAAACGCCCUCGCGAACCUACAAAAGGCCAUCGACGCGAUGGAGAGCAGAGGCUUGUGGGACGACCCGCGUUACGCGCAGCUCCUCGUCCUGAAAGCCAAACGGCUGAGCACCGAGGGCCCCAACAAUCGGCAAGCCCUCACCAACCACCAGAUCCGUCAACUCCACGCCCAAAUAAUGGCCUACCGGUGCCUCGCGCGGAACCAACCCCUGACGCAGCAGCAGGUGCUCGCCGCGCUAGGCCGGAGACCCACUGACCCGGCGCAACCACCACCGGCACCGGAUAACCCCCGCAACUUUCUCGGCCUGUCGAAAUUGUUCCGUGACCAGCAGCAGCAAGGGCCCCAAGGUGCAUCGAAGCUCUGCAAAACGACGUCCGUGGGUAAACCGUGCGGGCUCGACCCGUUGGUUGUACUGCAAGAGCGGGAGAGCAGAGUCGCCGCGAGGAUAGCCCACCGCGUGGACCAGCUUAGUCACGGGGUGACGAUCAUGCCGGAGGACUCGCGGAUUCAGGCUGAAGUGGAGCUUCGUAUGUUGAAGAUGUUGGACUUCCAGAGGCAGGUCAGGACCGAGGUGUUGGCGGGCAUGCGUAGGGACGUGGCGUUGGAGACCGUUGUGGACCUGAAGGCUUACAAACGGGCCAAGGGCCAAGGCGUGCGGGAGGCCCGGGCCACGGAGAAGCUCGAGAAGCAGCGGAGGUUGGCAGUCGAAAGGGAGCGCCGGCAGAGGCAUCAAGAGUUCAUCAAGGCGGUGUUGCACCGUGGCAGGGAGUUCAAGGAGUUCCACAGGAGUAACGUCGCGAGGCUGGCCUGCCUCAACAAGGCCGUCCUCCACCACCACGCCAACGCCGAGAAGGAGCAGAAAAGGGAACAGGAGAAGAUUGAAAAGGAGCGCAUGCGGCGACUCAUGGCCGAGGACGAGGAGGGCUACAGGAAGCUCAUAGAUCGGAAGAAGGAUAAGCGGCUGGCGUUCCUCCUGUCCCAGACUGACGAGUAUAUUUGCAAUAUAACCGAGAUGGUGAAGCAGCAUAAAAUCGAGCAGAAGAGGAAGAAGCUGGUGGAGGAAAAGAAACGCGAGAGGAAGGAGAAAAAGCAUCUUAAUGGCGAAGAUCGUCGCGUCGGUGUCGUUGAAAUUGGCACGAGCCGAACUCUAACUGGCGAGGAAGCGCCUUUGAUGAGCCAAUUGGGGGCUUUUCUCGAGUCCCAUCCCGGAUGGGAACCAAUCAAAUCGGGGAGCGAAUGUGAAGACAAUGAUGCGGAAGGGAAAGAUGAAAGGAAAGAGGUGCAAUCGGACGAAGACGCGGUUGAAAGGACCAUACAAGAAGCCAAAGUGGAAGACGAUGAGUACAAAGCGGAGGAGAAAACUUACUACAACAUAGCUCAUGCCGUUCGCGAAGUUGUCACCGAACAGGCUUCGAUUAUGAUCAACGGCCGAUUGAAGGAGUACCAAGUCAAGGGCUUGGAAUGGAUGGUCUCGUUGUUCAACAACAAUCUAAACGGCAUUUUGGCCGACGAGAUGGGCCUCGGCAAAACCAUCCAGACGAUAGCCCUGAUCACGUACCUCAUAGAAAAGAAGAAAGUCAACGGGCCAUUCCUCAUCAUUGUUCCUCUGUCGACGCUCUCGAAUUGGAUGCUCGAAUUCGAAAAGUGGGCGCCCAGUGUCGUUGUAGUUUCGUACAAAGGCUCCCCAACCAGUAGAAAGAUGAUCCAAUCACAAAUCCGCGCAAUCAAAUUCAACGUAUUGUUGACCACUUACGAAUACGUAAUGAAGGAUAAAGUCAUCUUGGCAAAGAUACAUUGGAAGUACAUGAUCAUGGACGAAGGCCACAGGAUGAAGAACCACCACUGCAAAUUGACUCAAGUGUUGAACACGAACUACACGGCGGCUCAUCGAUUGCUGCUCACCGGCACACCGUUGCAAAACAAGUUACCCGAACUCUGGGCCUUGCUCAACUUUUUGCUCCCAUCCAUCUUCAAGUCUUGUAGCACUUUCGAGCAGUGGUUCAAUGCACCGUUCGCCACAACCGGCGAAAAAGUCGAGCUCAACGAGGAAGAGACCAUCCUCAUCAUCCGCCGUCUCCACAAAGUUUUGCGUCCCUUUUUGCUGAGACGUCUCAAAAAAGAGGUGGAGUCACAGCUGCCCGACAAAGUCGAAUAUAUUAUUAAAUGUGACAUGUCGGGUCUGCAAAAAGUACUGUACAAGCACAUGCAGAGCAAGGGCGUACUGUUGACCGACGGGUCGGAAAAAGGUCGACGGGGCAAGGGUGGCACCAAGGCCCUGAUGAACACGGUCGUGCAGCUCCAAAAAAUCUGCAACCACCCAUUCAUGUUUCGAAGCAUCGAGGAGAAAUACUGCGAGCACUUGAGAAUCCAAGAAAUAACUGAUCUUGUCGGUGGGCCCGAUUUGUACCGUUCAUCUGGAAAAUUUGAAUUGUUGGACCGUAUUUUACCCAAGCUAAAAGCCACCGGCCACAGAGUACUGCUCUUCUGUCAGAUGACCCAACUAAUGACAAUUAUGGAAGAUUACCUGAAUUAUCGAGGGUUCGUGUAUUUGAGGUUAGAUGGGGACACCAAAGCCGAGGAUCGAGGCGACAUGUUGAGGAAGUUCAACGACCCGUGCUCCGAAUGUUUUAUAUUCAUUUUGUCGACGCGAGCCGGUGGUCUGGGCUUGAACCUCCAGACUGCGGAUACGGUGAUAAUUUUCGACUCCGACUGGAACCCCCACCGGGAUUUGCAAGCGCAGGAUCGAGCCCACCGUAUUGGGCAGAAAAACGAGGUGAGAGUGCUGCGGCUGAUAACCGUGAACUCCGUGGAGGAGCGGAUCUUGGCUGCUGCCAGGUACAAGCUGAACAUGGACGAGAAGGUCAUCCAAGCUGGCAUGUUUGACCAAAAGUCCACUGUUUCGGAGAGACAGCAGUUCCUCCAGAGUAUACUGCACCAGGACGACGCAGACGACGGGAAGGAGAACGAAGUGCCGGACGACGAGACGGUGAAUCAGAUGAUAGCGAGGACUGAAGAGGAGUUCGACGAGUUCGAGAGGAUGGACGUGGAAAGAGGGAAGCAAGAAGCGAACAUGAAUUUGAAUGGAAAACCGAGGUUGUUGGAGGUGUCGGAGUUGCCAGAGUGGCUUCGAAAGGACGAAGAAGAAGUGGAAAGAUGGACCUGCGAAGAAGACGAAGAUAAAGUUGCGACGGGCAGAGGAUCCCGGCAACGUAAAGAGGUUGACUACACAAACAGUUGCACGGAUAAGGAGUGGCUGAGGGUCAUAGGAGAAGAAGGGAGCCUCGACUUGAAGGAGGGGCGGGAAGAAGGGGGUGACAAGGAGAAAAAGUUAACGAAGAAGAGGAAGAAGGGCGAUGAUAACGACGACUCGAUGCCAGAAAAGAAGAAGGGGCACGUUGAUCUGAAACUGAAGAAAAAAAUGAGGAAAAUUUUGAACAUUGUCAUCAGCUACUCAAGCGAUUCGGAUGGUUAUCGAUUGAGUGAGCCGUUCAUGAAUUUGCCACCUCGCAGAGAGUUUCCCGACUACUACAAAAUCAUCAAAACGCCUUUAGCCAUCAAGAAACUCAUGCGGCAGAUUGGCGACAAUAGAUAUGCCAGCUUGGAUGAUUUGGAGAAGGAUUUCAUGCAGUUGUGCAAAAAUGCACAGAUCUACAACAGAGAGAACUCGUUGAUCUACGAGCAUUCGCUCAUUUUGCAAACCGUAUUUACAGAGGCGCGGCUUAGGAUUGAGGCCGAGAGUCAAGCUUCCGAAAACAAAAAAGAUGUGCGAGACGUGGAGAAGCGAUCGAAUGCAGAUCUCGGUAUGAAGACGAAAACGAAACCAAAGGGUGUACAAGGCGAAACCAGCAGGGUAAAACAAAAAAAGCUGCCAGCUUGAAACUACGAGGAGACGUUGUAUAAAUCUAUUUUAAAAUAUUGUGGUUAAGUUUUUAAGUGAAAUUUUUAUGGUAAAAAACGAGCUUCGGUUAUAAUGGCUUUUGAAGGAAGAACUUAUUUAUGAAUAA